AUGGCUUCCGCCGAGGUCGAUCUCCCGCGUCGGGACCGUGAUCGCAGCGACAAGCGUGAUGGCGACUCGUAUCGCCCUGGGAGGGCACAGCGAUCGCCUUCUCCCAGGCAAAAACGAGAAACCGCACCUGUGCGGACUGAGGAGGAGAAGCAGGCUGCUGCAAAGGCCGAGUACGAGAAGCUCCUCACGAUGCGAUCCGGCGGAACAUAUAUCCCACCCGCGAGACUGCGCGCGCUGCAGGCACAGAUCACGGAUAAGACGAGCAAGGAGUAUCAGCGCAUGGCGUGGGAGGCGCUCAAGAAGAGUAUCAACGGUCUGAUCAACAAGGUCAACACUGCCAACAUCAAGUUUAUCGUUCCGGAGCUGUUUGGCGAGAAUCUGGUCCGUGGUCGCGGUUUGUUUUGUCGAUCGAUCAUGAAGGCCCAGGCUGCCAGUUUGCCAUUCACACCUAUCUAUGCCGCCAUGGCUGCGAUUGUCAACACUAAGCUGCCCCAGGUUGGAGAACUCCUUGUGCGUCGUCUGGUAAUGCAGUUCCGAAAAGGCUUCAAGCGAAACGACAAGGCCGUCUGCCUCUCCUCGACCACCUUCCUCGCGCAUCUUAUCAACCAGCAGGUCCAGCACGAAAUGCUUGCCGGCCAGAUCCUGCUCCUACUGCUGCACAAACCAACCGACGACAGUGUUGAGAUUGCGGUCGGUUUCUGCCGUGAGGUUGGACAGUAUCUGGAGGAAAUGCAGCCAUCCAUUGCCAUGGCGGUCUUUGACCAGUUCCGAAACAUCCUGCACGAAGCCGAUAUCGAUAAGCGAACACAGUACAUGAUCGAGGUGCUAUUCCAGGUGCGCAAGGACAAGUUUAAGGACAACCCAGCAAUCAAGGAGGAAUUGGACUUGGUCGAGGAGGAGGAUCAGAUCACCCAUCGGGUUGAGUUGGAAGGUGAAAUCGACGUCCAGGAUGGACUCAACAUUUUCAAGUUCGACUCAGAAUGGGAGGAGCACGAAGAUGCGUACAAGAAGCUCAAGGCUGAGAUUCUAGGCGAAGGUAGCGACGAUGAGGAUGACGACGAGGACGAAUACGAGAGCUCCUCCGAGGAUGAGGAGGACGAAAAGACAAAAGCCAUGGAGAUCAAGGAUCAGUCCAAUGCUGACCUGGUCAACCUGCGCAGGACCAUCUACCUGACCAUCAUGUCCAGUGCUGAUCCUGAGGAAGCCGUCCACAAGCUCAUGAAGAUCAACCUCCCUGCAGGCCAGGAACCAGAGCUUCCCUCCAUGAUUGUGGAGUGUUGCUCACAAGAAAAGACUUACACAAAGUUCUUUGGAAUGAUUGGUGAGCGUUUCGCCAAGAUCAACCGACUGUGGUGCGACCUGUUUGAGCAGGCUUUUGUCAAGUACUACGAGACCAUCCAUCGAUACGAGAACAACAAGCUACGAAACAUUGCCAUGCUCUUUGGUCAUAUGUUUGCGUCAGACGCUCUGGGCUGGCACUGCCUCUCUGUCAUUCACCUAAAUGAGGACGAGACCACAUCCAGUAGCCGCAUCUUCAUCAAGAUUAUGUUUCAAUUUAUUUCAGAAGAAACAGGUAUGCCUAAGUUGAGGGCACGUAUGACAGACGAGACCCUCCGUCCCAACUUGGAAGGCCUCUUCCCCAAGGACAACCCCCGCAACAUCAGAUUCUCUAUCAACUACUUCACCAGUAUUGGUAUGGGAGCUCUCACAGAAGAGAUGCGAGCCUAUCUUCAAAACAUGCCCAAGCCUGCGCUGCCUGCUCCUGCUGCAGCAGACGAUUCGGACUCGGACUCUAUUUCCAGUUACUCGUCGUACACGGGCUCUUCCUACUCACGAUCUCGAUCUAGGUCGCGAACACCACGUAAGGUGGCUGAUCGUGGACGAUCGCUUUCUCGCUCCCCCGACAGAAGAAGCAGGGGACGCUCAUACAGCUCGUCAAGGUCAAGGUCAUACUCUAGAUCUCUGUCUGCACGAGGAAGAGGACGAAGCCAGUCUUAUUCUGCAAACCCUCCUCGACGAGGCCGUGGCAACGCUGAUGAGAGCCGCUCGCGAUCCCCGGCCCCCCGAAAUGGCAAGGGCCGAGCUCGUAGUGCUUCAUACUCGUCUCGUAGUCGCUCACGCACUCCGCCGCGACAAGUGCGUGGUCGAAAAGAUUCUUAUGCUUCGGGGGCACGAUCACCGCUACCUCCUGCUCGAGAUGCACGAAGCCGCUCGUAUGAUUCACAGAGUCGAUCCCCUCCCCCUACAAGAAAACGGGAGAGAUCACAGUCCGGUAGCCCGGCCCCCCGUGGUCGACCGCGCGGAAACGCUGGUCCAGGCUCCCAUCGACGCAACAGCUCAUCCGUGAGCGACGGACCUCGAGAUAAGGCUAAGCAGUACAGCCGCUCACCCUCAUAUGAUUCACGAUCUCCGCCACCAAAGAGGACCAAGCCUGCAAGCGUGUCGCCUCCACCUGCGCGUAACGGACGUCCGGCCUCAUACUCGCGAUCGCCUAGUCCGCCGCGACGUGGAGCGAGGAAGUCUUUGAGUCCUGUGCCGCCAAAGAGGAGACGGUAUAGCGAUAGUGUCUCUAGGUCACCGCCGCCGAUGAAGCGAGGACGAAGAGGUAGCUGA